CUGUCAUUGUACGUUCCCGAUUGAGCUGUACACGAGCCCACGGAUACGUUCGUCAUACGGCAUCGCAAACAGCACUAAGGUUGGAUAACAGCAAAGAGUCAAUCCCAAAAUAAGCAAUCCAGAAAUUGUCCAGUCAGCCAAAAUCAUCCUAUCAAUCGGCAGCUUAUAAAAGGACCACAGCAAAAUUCAUCAGUCCGAAUUAAACACCUUCUUUCAAACACUUUUUUUAUUUUUAUUUUUUAUACAUUUAUAUUUAUAUAUUAUUUCCCUCUUUCUUUCUUUCUCUCUUCAUUCUUAUUUCAAACAAAUCAGUAAUAUCCUUUCCCUUAAUCAUUAUAUCUGAUCUCAAUAUUUAAAAAGCAUUACACUACAACUACAACUACAACUACAACUACAACUACAACUACAACUACAACUACAACUACAACUAUAACAACAACAGCAACAACCAACAGUAACAUCCUCUCCCGCCCCCUCAAAAAAGAAAAGAAAAAAAAAUGUCACAAGAAAAUAUCAACGCUUGCAGUAACGGAGCUCACAACAAAUCAGUUCAGUUCUCAAGGUUCAUUAAAAUCUCAUUCACAUAUCCUGGUGACGAAUACGACCGUACUGCUCUUGAGCCUGCAAAGCUGACCUUCUCUGAAGCUACAGAGUUGAUGCAACUUCGCAUCGACUGGAAGCAGGAGAUGAACAGGCGUAUUGAGCAACAGUUACAACAACAGCAACAACAGCUGCAGGAUUCAGAUGAUGGUUACUCUUCAGACGAACGACUUCCUGUGUCCCGAAGCUCAAGGUCUUCAGGUCUUUCUGGUGUGGCUAUUGGCGGUAGCAGCAGCAAUGCCGGCUAUAGUAACAGUAGUCCUGGCAGCGAGGAUGAAUACGAUCAAGAUGGUCCAACCUUUAGCGUUAAAAAGAAUGGCAGUGUCAUGAUGCAUCGCCACAGCCAUCUCCAUCAGUCCAAAGAAAACAUGCCAUGUUUUGCCUGAGCACAAAUAAUAAUAAUAAUAAUAGGGAUCACGAGAGAAGGAGAAAGGGGGAAGGGUACAGAGGAUGAGAGAUUUCCUCAUCUAACGUAAUCAACCUUUUUCUUUUUCUUGCCUUCUUGCUCAAAGGCCAUUCCGCGGUUUUGCUCUUGUACAUUGAAUCUGCUUUUUUUUUUUUUU